GAACUGCAGACCUCGGGGUUGCCCCCACAGCUUUCGUCGUAGCGCAGGGAAGAGAAUUCGUAAAACAGCCAUGCAGAUCCGUUAUUUAGACGAGUCAACGCUCGAUGAGCGCAGUGUAUCUCUUUAAUUCCUGCCACGGAUUUCAAAGCUGCUCGGGACGAACUCGCCGACGGAGCAACGUGGAAGGCUGCGAUGAUCGCCGGAGAAAAAAUUCCCAACACAGCCGAUGUCGAGCUUCCGCCCGCAUGCUCCGGCACGGAGAAGGACGCCAGGAGACGGCUCUACCUCACCGUGGCGACGACGUACAUGGCCUCGAUGUCGUUCGGCUUCGCGUGCACCUACUCUUCGCCCGCGCUGCCGGACAUACGCAAGAGCAUCGAGUUCUCGUCCUCCGACGGCGCAUGGUUCGGCUCUCUCGUCACAUUGGGGGCCGUGUUCGGCGGACUUGCCGGCGGUCAGUUGGUGAACCUGAUCGGACGACGGGGCUCGCUCUUCACCGCCGCUGCGUGGUUCAUGGCCGGCUGGCUGUGCAUUAUGUUCGCGCCGUCCACUGCGCUGCUGUUCGUGGGUCGCGUACUGACCGGCAUCGCCAUGGGCAUUACCGCACUCACCGUCGCCGUCUUCAUCUCUGAAAUCAGCCCCUCCAGCAUACGUGGCCUUCUUAACACCCUCGCCAACGCGAUCCUCUGCGUCGGAAUUCUGCUUACGUUCUUCCUGGGCAAGUACCUCUCCUAUCGCUGGCUGGCCGCCUUCUGCUUCGCACCGAGCGUUAUCAUGGCGCUGGCGCUCUUCUGUGUGCAUGAGUCGCCGCGCUGGCUGCUUCAGAAGGGACGCCGCCAGGCGGCCAUUGCAUCGCUGCACUUCUACCAGGGUCCCAAGAUUGCCGAGGAACUGAGCGCCCUCGACGCGAACCUCGCUAACAUGCAGCCUUUCGCCCUGAGCGACGUAACCAUGCCGUACAUCUACAAGCCCUUCUUCUGCACGCUUCUACCAAUGUUCAUGCAGCAGGCUUCCGCCGUUUGCGUCAUCCUCUUCUACGCGCAAGACAUAUUCGAGGACGCCGGAACGUCCAUUUCCGCCGACGACUGCACCAUCAUCGUGGGCGCCCUCCAAGUCGUCGUGCUGUUCGUCGCCACUGUGCUGGCCGACCGACUGGGACGCAAAGUGCUUCUCAUUGUCUCUUCGGCGGGAUCUGUUGCUAGUCUUACGCUCCUGGGCAUUUCCUUCCACUUGAAAGCUACUCGUGGUCAAGAGUUCCUGGACUCCUACGGCUGGUUGCCCCUCGUAGCUAUCGCCAUCUAUUUCUGUUCAUAUGCGAUAGGACUCGGACCGCUGCCUUGGGUGCUGCUGGGAGAAAUGAUCCCGCUCAGGGCCAGAGGCUUUGCCACGGGCUUCUGCACGGCGUUCCUGUUUGCGCUAGCAUUCCUGGUCACCAAAUGCUACGACGAUCUAGUGAAGUUCAUGACAGCGGCGGGCACUUAUUGGAUGUUUGCGGGUCUUCUCGCCGGCUCGCUUAUCUUAUUUGUAUUUAUUGUGCCAGAAACCAAAGGCAAAAGCCUAGAAGAGAUAGAGCUCAUAUUCGGCAAGACCGACUCAUCGGCCUCCCUCGACACCAUGGACAAGGAUGUAGAAAUGAACGUGAAAUGAGAAAGCUUGAAGGAUAUCUAUUCCUCGUGGGAAGGACAUUCAAUGUGACAUUCCUGCGCAUGUGGCGCACAACGGAAAGUUCUGCAGUGGUGCCAAAUAUGCCGAGUUUUUGUUGUUGGUUUUUCGGAGACCUUUUAACGUUUCUUUAAUAGCGCCGAGAACGCGGGAGUUCUUCUUCCUAGUAGGGGCAUUUACAAUAUUGUGUGUGGGACCGUUACUCCAUCGUUGAGGGUAGAUUUUUAGUGAGCACGUUGUAGUGCUCGGCGAAUCUUUGUUGAAGCUGUUGCUGUCUUUUUUUUUAAGAUGUCGCAAGCUAUGUUACCAAAAUGAAUUCACCUGUAAAAGCGUGCGUGUCAUGCUGCCAAGCACGAGGGCGCGGGUUCGAUUCCCGGUCAUGGUGGGCUCAAUUGGAUGGAGGCGAAAUGCAAAGAACACCCGUGUGCUUAAAUGAAGCUGCACGUUAAAGAACCCCAGGUGGUCUAAAUUGAUCCGGAGUCCUCCAUGCGGAAUGCCUCAUGAUCAUUCAUGGUUUCUGGUACAUAAAUCCCCAGCAAUUACUAAUUCCUAAUAAAACCACGACAAGAUGCUUUAAAGGCGCGUCGAGAACGUAAAGCUGUAUUUAUUUAUUUAAGUUCAUGUCAUUGACCCCGAACGUAUUUUUCCUGUGAGGCGCCAUGAAGCAAAGUACAACUUUCUCAAUGAUGCAAUAACGACUGCUCAUCCUUCAUCGGCUGGUUUGAUUUCGUUGGGGGUUUUCC